AUUUCACGAAAUCGUAACAUUUGUAAACAAGGCUGUUCUGGCAGCAGAACUUCGAAAUCGGAAACCCGCAAACGCAUUCACAGGGGAAAUAUUUGGCAUAAACAUACGACAGCUUAGCUAACCAUCUAAUGCUAGUUAGUUAACGUCGUUAACCAGAAUUGAACACCUAGCUACGGACCUUCAAAAUGCAAUGUUGUGUUUGGGGGUGCAAGGCCCAAUAUCGGAAAGGAGGAGGGUUAGGGUUUUUCCGAUUCCCUACUGGAGAGAACGAAAUUGCUCAAAAUCAAAGGAAAACUUGGAUAAAAAUGGUGAAGAUUGAAAACCCCGAACCAGAUCUGCCUUCCCGUUUGGGUGGUAAAUUGGUACUCCAAAUGGGAAACGACUGGCACCCUACUACCUCCUCUCGCAUUUGUGGGAGGCACUUUGUUUUAAAAAAACCAAACCUACAUCCGGACCACCCUGACUUUGCCCCAUCCCUCUUCCUUCGCCCAGAGGACGAUGCCUUGAGUCCGAACACAGCUCAGACAGAAGGGAAAAGAAACCUGCAGAGCUAUGACAGGGCAGUGAAGAAGAAGAAGUGCCUUGACCUUAGUGAGGUUGGAGGUGCUGACCUGAGGGACAGUUAUGCUGACACCACAGAAGAAACUGAAGAGCAGGACCUGGGCACCUGUGUAUCGUGUGAGGUCCUGAGGAAGUCCUUAAAUUAUUUGCAGUCCAGGCAUGAUGCUCUGCAAGUCGAAGCUGUCAAUCUCAGGGCGGAGAGAGACUUUUACAAAUAUAACACAUCUCAAUCCUCUCUCUUUGUUGACACCUUUACAGACAGAGACAAUCAAAUGCAUACAGUGAGAGAAGUGCCAAGCAUGGCUAAACCAAAUGGUAUGAACCAACAAUGUACUGGGAUGGUUGAGGAGCCCUGUCUUAUGGAGGUUGAGGGGUUAUGUUCUGUGAAGGUUGAGGAGCUUUGUCCUGUGAAGGUUGAGGGGGACUAUGAUCAAGUGUUGAUUAAGGAAGAGGAACAACAGGUCCAAAUAGAACUUUGUAGCCCCUUGGCUAGUCAGGACAAAGUGACCCAUGUCUCCCAGGAUAAACCUACCCAGCAUAGCAAUAUUAUGAAGGCCACCAGGCGACCAUGUCUGUUAGCUCAGCAUAAACCCAUCCAGAUAGUCAACACAAUGUCACUCACCGGGGUGGUAGCCCCCAGGCCCCCAAGUCAGGUAACCAAGGAUAAACCUAUCCAGCUUGCCAAAACCAACAACCAAUGUUCUGUGAAGGUUGAGGAGUCAUGUUUUGUGAAGGUUGAGGUGGACUAUGAUCAAAUGUCGAUUAAGGAAGCAGAGCAACAGGUCCAAAUAGAAAUCUGUAGCCCCUUGGCUAGUCAAGACAAAGUGACCAAUGUCUCUCGCAGGUUGCCAAUUCAUGUCCCCAAGGAUAAAACUAUCCAGCUUGCCAAAGCCGUAGUAGAAAGCCACCUAAUGACGAACCAUCUGCCUGGCAGCCAAACCACUGCUGAGCCUUUACAGAAGACUCCUCUGUCAGCUCAAACGACACCUGUUGCAGGCAAACAAAUUCAGAGAAGCAUAACACACACAGAGAGGGAUGAGUUGCUUUGGCUGGGCUACAUGAAGUGGAAUGUGCGUCUUCCUGCAAGCACAAUUAGAACCGCACACAAGUUUCAGACGCCUAGGGCAACAGUGCAAUACCUUCUACACGCGGUCUUCUCCCAAUGUGAACUCGCCACCAGCAAUCUCAAGGGCAUUCCUGCACUGGGCCUUAACAAACUGGACCCGGACAAACUUUCUGCCAUAAGACAGUUUGUCACCACCAAGUUUCGUCGUUUAGACAUGCGUCAAUGUGGUAAAGACUGGGUCAAGUGCCGGCGCCAGAUAACCAGCAUGCUCCGGAACAUUCGGAAGGAGGACAGGAAGUCGAGGGGGCUCUCAGGAAACCUUUGUAUGAUAGAGAAGGUGUUAACGGAUCAGAGUUUACCCCGUCAGCCAUCGCCUCCCUCAUUCCCCUCGAUCUCCCAACAGCACACAGCUGCCUUCUACAACCCAACAGAAGAAGAAGAGAUCCUCUGUCUGGAGAGUUAGGUUACACAAUAUCUGCAAUGAUGUUUGCAUUUUCUUGAAAUAAACAGUUUGUUGGGAGUAAAAAAA